ACAAUCAGUUCGGAUUUUACUGUCGCUGUCGCUAAAGUCAAAAAGAUGGAAUUUCCCUUGAUUUUAUACUGUUGGUGGUUGUUGUUUUUGUGCGUUGAAACUACAAAUAAUAAUUUAGUUGAAGAGAUUGUGCUGCCUUCAAAGAAAUCAUCAGAGUUCCCAUAUAUAACAAACAACACUAUUAAUGAGGGAAUUAACCAGAUAAUAUCUCCAGUUACUCCUGCAGCAGUACCAGCAGCUUCAUCAACAGAAAUACCAGUAAAUAUUAGGCUACCAGUUCCAGAAAAGAAGCAUCAAAAAGAAAUUUUGGAUUUGAGCAUUAUUAAUACUGAUUCUCCUGAAGUACAAGCAGAAACAUCUUGGACCACAGAAAACUCUUACAUUACUACCACAAUAGGUAAAAAUUCGAAAUUCACGGUCUUAUCUGAACUAGAAACAACUAUUUUACCUGCAGAUAAUAUAAAAAAUUUCAAUGAAGGUACAAAUUUGAUUCACGAUAAAAACGACUCCCAUCUUACCGAAGUGCAAAUAUCUUCACUACAAUCUUACAAUUCUACUAAUAAAAAUGUUAAAACGUCUCAAGAGACAAUAGUAACUUAUAAAUUGAACAAUAUUUUAAAUACAUCUGAUUCUACCUCGUCAGAAAGUCUAAUAUCCAAUUUGACUGGAUUAAAAACAACUGCAGUACCAAAUACAACGUCAGGAAUCAUUUUAUCUAAUAGAUUUGAAAAUCACAAUUUUUUGGAUAUCCCAAUUAACUCCCAAUUUAAUAACAUAUUCUCGUCACUUAAAAAUACUCUACGGGUAGCCCAGAGACCUAGUUUUGCCGGUUUAGGUACAACUCCACCUCCAAGGAUAAAACCAGGAAAGCCUUGGCCUGCUAGACCUGAGGACUAUCCUAAUUAUUAUCCUGCAACUACCACAAACCAUCAGCUUAUUACAAAUAGACCACAAAAUACUCAGUCAGUCAAUCCACAGUUUAACCAACCAUUUUCCAAUCCGACAAUUAGCAUUAUUCAAGCACAGCAAAGACCAAGCUUUGCUGGACUUGGAACAACUGCACCUCCCAGAAUAAAACCAGGAAAACCUUGGCCAGCUAGACCUGUGGAUUAUCCGAAUUAUACAACACAUACUACGAACGACCAACUUGUUACUAAUCGACCACAUUAUACUCAGUCGAUAAUUCCACAAUUUAACAAACCAUCUUCCAAUCCUACAAUUCCAGUAACUCAAUCUCAACAGCGCCCAAGCUUUGCUGGACUAGGAACAACUGCGCCACCAAGAGUGAAACCAGGAAAACCUUGGCCUGCUAGACCCGAGGACUAUCCUAAUUAUUAUACUACUAAACAGCAAGAUCCUUUCAAUACACAACAAGUAAUGGAAUUCUUCAAUACACAGUAUAACCUCACAUCUUCUCAUUAUGAAGUUAGUGUAACUUCAUCAGGCCAGAGACCUAGUUUUGCUGGAUUAGGGACAACUGCACCACCACCAAGGGUGAAACCUGGAAAGCCUUGGCCAGCUAGCGCUGAAGGUUAUACUAAUGUUUCUUUAAUUACUCUGGAAAAUCCAGAGCUUAUUAAUCCACCGUUUAGUAAUCCUUCUUCUGAUUCAGCUCCUAGUUUAAAUCAAUCAGAUCCUAGACCUAGUUUUGCUGGACUAGGGACAACUCCACCACCAAGGAUAAAACCAGGAAAACCUUGGCCAGCUAGGCCAGAAGAUUAUGCUAACUUUUCUUCAGUUGCUACUACACAUGAUCAAAUUGUUACUAAUAGACCUGAAAAUCCAGAGCUUAUUAAUCCACCGUCCAAUAAUCCUUCUUCUAAUUCACUUCCUAGUUUAGCACAAUCAGAUCCUAGGCCUAGUUUUGCUGGACUAGGGACAACUCCACCACCAAGAAUAAAACCAGGAAAACCUUGGCCAGCUAGGCCUGAAGAUUAUGCUAACUUUUCUUCAGUUACUACUACAAAUAAUCAAAUUGUUAAUAAUAGACCUGAAAUUCCAGGGCUUAUUAAUCCACCGUUCAAUAACCCUUCUUCUAAUUCAGUUCCUAGUUUAGCACAAUCAGACCCUAGGCCUAGUUUUGCUGGACUAGGGACAACUCCACCACCAAGAAUAAAACCAGGAAAACCUUGGCCAGCUAGGCCUGAAGAUUAUGCUAACUUUUCUUCAGUUACUACUACAAAUAAUCAAAUUGUUAAUAAUAGACCUGAAAUUCCAGGGCUUAUUAAUCCACCGUUCAAUAAUCCUUCUUCUAAUUCAGUUCCUAGUUUAGCACAAUCAGAUCCUAGGCCUAGUUUUGCUGGACUAGGGACAACUCCACCACCAAGAAUAAAACCAGGAAAACCUUGGCCAGCUAGGCCUGAAGAUUAUGCUAACUUUUCUUCAGUUACUACUACAAAUGAUCAAAUUGUUAAUAAUAAACCUGACAAUGCAGGGCUUAUUAAUCCACCGUCCAAUAAUCCUUCUUCUAAUUCAGUUUUUAGUUUAGUUCAAUCAGACCCUAGGCCUAGUUUUGCUGGACUAGGGACAACUCCACCACCAAGGAUAAAACCAGGAAAACCUUGGCCAGCUAGGCCUGAAGAUUAUGCAAACUUUUCUUCAGUUACUACUACAAAUAAUCAAAUUGUUAAUAAUAGACCUGAAAUUCCAGGGCUUAUUAAUCCACCGUUCAAUAAUCCUUCUUCUAAUUCAGUUCCUAGUUUAGCACAAUCAGACCCUAGGCCUAGUUUUGCUGGAAUAGGGACAACUCCACCACCAAGAAUAAAACCAGGAAAACCUUGGCCAGCUAGGCCUGAAGAUUAUGCUAACUUUUCUUCGGUUACUACUACAAAUGAUCAAAUUGUUAAUAAUAAACCUGAAAAUCCAGGGCUUAUUAAUCCGUCGUCCAAUAGUCCUUCUUCUAAUUCAGUUCCUAGUUUAGCACAAUCAGACCCUAGGCCUAGUUUUGCUGGACUAGGGACAACUCCACCACCAAGAAUAAAACCAGGAAAACCUUGGCCAGCUAGGCCUGAAGAUUAUGCUAACUUUUCUUCAGUUACUACUACAAAUGAUCAAAUUGUUACUAAUAGACCUGAAAAUACAGAGCUUAUUAAUCCACCGUCCAAUAAUCCUUCUUCUAAUUCACUUCCUAGUUUAGCACAAUCAGAUCCUAGGCCUAGUUUUGCUGGACUAGGGACAACUUCACCACCAAGAAUAAAACCAGGAAAACCUUGGCCAGCUAGGCCUGAAGAUUAUGUUAACUUUUCUUCAGUUGCUACUACACAUGAUCAAAUUGAUACUAAUAAACCUGACAAUCCAGAGCUUACUAAUUCACCGUCCAAUAACCCUUCUUCUAAUUCAGUUCCUAGUUUAGCACAAUCAGACCCUAGGCCUAGUUUUGCUGGACUAGGGACAACUCCACUACCAAGAAUAAAACCAGGAAAACCUUGGCCAGCUAGGCCUGAAGAUUAUGCUAACUUUUCUUCAGUUACUACUACAAAUGAUCAAAUUGUUAAUAAUAGACCUGAAAAUCCAGAGCCUAUUAAUCCACCGUUCAAUAACCCUUCUUCUAAUUCAGUUCCUAGUUUACCUCAAUCAGACCCUAGGCCUAGUUUUGCUGGACUAGGGACAACUCCACCACCAAGAAUAAAACCAGGAAAACCUUGGCCAGCUAGGCCUGAAGAUUAUGCUAACUUUUCUUCAGUUACUACUACAAAUGAUCAAAUUGUUAAUAAUAGACCCGAAAAUCCAGCACUUAUUAAUCCACCGUCCAAUAAUCCUUCUUCUAAUUCAGUUCCUAGUUUAGCUCAAUCAGACCCUAGGCCUAGUUUUGCUGGACUAGGGACAACUCCACCACCAAGAAUAAAACCAGGAAAACCUUGGCCAGCUAGGCCUGAAGAUUAUGCUAAUUUUUCUUCAGUUACUACUACAAAUGAUCAAAUUGUUAAUAAUAGACCCGAAAAUCCAGCACUUAUUAAUCCACCGUCCAAUAAUCCUUCUUCUAAUUCAGUUCCUAGUUUAGCUCAAUCAGACCCUAGGCCUAGUUUUGCUGGACUAGGGACAACUCCACCACCAAGAAUAAAACCAGGAAAACCUUGGCCAGCUAGGCCUGAAGAUUAUGCUAAUUUUUCUUCAGUUACUACUACAAAUGAUCAAAUUGUUAAUAAUAGACCUGAAAAUCCAGGGCUUAUUAAUCCACCGUCCAAUAAUCCUUCUUCUAAUUCAGUUCCUAGUUUAGCUCAAUCAGACCCUAGGCCUAGUUUUGGUGGACUAGGGACAACUCCACCACCAAGAAUAAAACCAGGAAAACCUUGGCCAGCUAGGCCUGAAGAUUAUGCUAAUUUUUCUUCAGUUACUACUACAAAUGAUCAAAUUGUUAAUAACAGAACUGAAAAUUCAGGGCUGAUUAAUACACCGUCCAAUAAUUCUUUUUCUAAUUCAGUUCCUAGUUUACCUCAAUCAGACCCUAGGCCUAGUUUUGCUGGACUAGGGACAACUCCACCACCAAGGAUAAAACCAGGAAAACCUUGGCCAGCUAGGCCUGAAGAUUAUGCUAACUUUUCUUCAGUUACUACUACAAAUGAUCAAAUUGUUAAUAAUAGACCUGAAAAUCCAGAGCCUAUUAAUCCACCGUUCAAUAACCCUUCUUCUAAUUCAGUUCCUAGUUUACCUCAAUCAGACCCUAGGCCUAGUUUUGCUGGACUAGGGACAACUCCACCACCAAGAAUAAAACCAGGAAAACCUUGGCCAGCUAGGCCUGAAGAUUAUGCUAACUUUUCUUCAGUUACUACUACAAAUGAUCAAAUUGUUAAUAAUAGACCCGAAAAUCCAGCACUUAUUAAUCCACCGUCCAAUAAUCCUUCUUCUAAUUCAGUUCCUAGUUUAGCUCAAUCAGACCCUAGGCCUAGUUUUGCUGGACUAGGGACAACUCCACCACCAAGAAUAAAACCAGGAAAACCUUGGCCAGCUAGGCCUGAAGAUUAUGCUAAUUUUUCUUCAGUUACUACUACAAAUGAUCAAAUUGUUAAUAAUAGACCUGAAAAUCCAGGGCUUAUUAAUUCACUGUCCAAUAAUCCUUCUUCUAAUUCAGUUCCUAGUUUAGCACAAUCAGACCCUAGGCCUAGUUUUGCUGGACUAGGAACAACUCCACCGCCAAGGAUAAAACCGGGAAAGCCUUGGCCAGCUAGGCCUGAAGACCAUGCUGGCUUUUCUUCGAUUACCACUACAAAUUAUCAAAUUGUUACCAGUAGACCUGAACAUCCAGAGCUCGUCAAUCCACCGUUCAAAAGCCCUUCUUCUGAUUCCGAUAGCUUAACCCAAUCAGAUCCAAGACCUAGUUUUACUGGACUAGAAACAACACCACCACCAAAAGUGAAAUCAGGAAAGUCUUGGCCUCCUGCUACUUCUGUUAUUACCACACAUAACCAAAUUGUUACUAGUAGCUCCGAAGAUCCUGAACUCAUCAAUCUACCAUUUAAUAACAACCCUUCUGAGCCUACUGUUAAUCUUAUUUAA